CGGUGCCUCGCAGGGGGCGGGGGCCGGGCCUGAGUGCAGGACCGAGCAGGUGCGGGCGUGUUCCGAGCGGAUGGGAGAAAACUGUGAGCUGGGACUGAGAUCCAUGUUGAGCUGCUGAGGCUGCCAUGCUAGGAGAGGUUGCUGAACCAUACCAGCUCCAGGCUUGCCUUAAGGAUGCCAACAGACAAGAGUCAUCUGCCAGACAGUAUCCAAGAACAAGAGUCUGCCACUACUUCAAGCAAUAAUUGCCUGCAUAAUGAUGAGGAAUUGGGAAUUGGGCAGGAAAAUGGCAUUUGUGACAAUGGAGCGGGUAAUAGUAUUGGAAUUCCCAACUCUGACAGCCAGGCUUCCACGUCCAUGGCUGUUCCUUUGGAGAUGCCCAGAAGAGGACAUCCCCUUUUACAGAUCAACAGGCAGCAGAUUCAGUCUGUCUCAUGUAGUGCACAUGCUGCUGAGCUCAAAGAUUUAGGAGUUGAUGUCUAUGACCAGGAUGUGUUGGAGCAAGGAGUUCUUCAGCAAGUAGAUAAUGCAAUUAAUGAAGCAACUAAAGCAGCAAAAAUAGCUAAUGCAUCAAAAGAAUAUGAGUCAGUACUGGAGGAUUUAAGAUCAUGUACAACAUCUCUGAGACACAUAAAUAAAAUUAUUGAGGAACUUUCACCUCAAGCUGCUGACAACAAAAAUAUUAACAGAAAACUAGAUUCAGUAAAACGGCAAAAAUAUAACAAGGAGCAACAGCUGAAGAAGAUAAAAGCAAAACAAAAACGUCUCCAAGGAAUACUGGGUUUAACAGAGUUUGCUGAUGAAGCAAAUGAGAUUGAAUAUGAGGAAGAUGAAGAACCUGGUCCAUCUUCUCUUGGCAGUAUGCUUAUGCCUGCUCAGGAAACAGAGUGGGCAGAGCUCAUUCGAACUGGUCAGAUGACUCCAUUUGGAACUAAAAUACCUCAGAAGCCAGAGAGGAAGGCACGACAGUUAAGACUAAAUGAAGCAUCUGAUUUUGAGAAGUACUUAGCAGACCAAGCUAAGCUGUCAUCUGAAAGAAAGAAGUUAUCCCGUCGCAAAGGAGCAAAGAAGAAAGCACAAGCCAAAGAUGUUGAGUGCGUGGCUCCUGCAGCUGCUACAAAGGAAAAAAGUGGCAAAGCCCUCUCCAAAACAGAUAAACGCUUGAAAAAACAUUUGAGAGAGCUUCAGAAGCAUGCCCUUCAGAUUCAUUCAAAGGCCAGGAUUCCAAAAGAAAAGAAGUAUCCUGAGACCAAGAAAUUCAGGCAUGAACAAGAGGAUGAUAGUGGGGAGUCUGACUGUGUUCCUGAUGAGGAGAUCUUUGAUCCAGAAGCAGCAGAAGAGGAAGAACAGGCGUCUUCUUUUGCUGAGAACGAUUCUGAUUAUGAACUUAAGACUUUAUCAAGAAAAAGAAAACAUUUGGUGAAGAAGAGUUUUAAAGAAGCUGAAAAUGAUGCUGACUUCGUUCCAAGCUCUGAAGAAGAAGAAGAGGAUACACCAGGGAAGCACAAAAUGAGACGAUGGAGAGAUGAUGGAGAUUUGGACUAUUAUAAACAGAGACUAAGGAAGUGGCAAAAAGAACGUUUGAAGGACAAAGAACAUGAAACAGCUGAGGAACUUUCUGAAGAAAGCGACGUUGAAUUUGAAGAGGGUUUCAAAGUACCAGGAUUUCUCUUCAAAAAGCUUUUUAAGUACCAGCAGACAGGUGUUAGGUGGCUUUGGGAAUUGCACUGCCAGCAGGCAGGAGGAAUUCUGGGAGAUGAGAUGGGAUUGGGCAAGACCAUUCAGAUAAUUGCCUUCUUGGCAGGUCUGAGCUACAGCAAUAUGAGGACUCGUGGUUCAAAUUACAGGUACCAGGGAUUGGGUCCAACAGUGAUUGUUUGUCCAGCUACUGUGUUGCAUCAGUGGGUAAAAGAAUUCCACACUUGGUGGCCUCCAUUUAGAGUCGCUGUGCUCCAUGAAACUGGUUCUUAUACAAAGAGUAAGGUGAAAUUAAUUCAUGAAAUCGCUUCCUGCCAUGGAAUUUUAAUUACGUCUUACUCGUACAUUCGACUGAUGCAGGACAACAUCCACACGUAUGAUUGGCAUUAUGUCAUUCUGGAUGAGGGUCACAAAAUCCGAAAUCCAAAUGCUGCAGUCACACUUGCAUGCAAGCAGUUCCGCACACCCCAUCGAAUCAUCUUGUCUGGCUCCCCUAUGCAAAAUAACCUAAAGGAGCUCUGGUCCCUUUUUGACUUUAUAUUCCCAGGAAAACUGGGAACACUACCUGUGUUCAUGGAGCAGUUUUCUGUCCCGAUAACCAUGGGAGGAUAUUGCAAUGCCUCUCCUGUCCAGGUAAAAACUGCGUACAAAUGUGCCUGUGUGUUACGGGACACCAUAAACCCCUACUUGCUGCGAAGAAUGAAGGCUGAUGUAAAAAUGAGCCUUUCGCUUCCAGAUAAAAAUGAACAGGUCCUCUUUUGCCGUUUGACAGAGGAGCAGCGUCAAAUCUAUCAAAAUUACAUCAACUCUAAAGAAGUUUACCAGAUUCUCAAUGGAGACAUGCAGAUUCUCUUAGGACUAUCAACUUUGAGAAAGAUUUGCAACCACCCUGACUUUGUUGCGGAUAGUCCCAGAAUUUUGAAGAGUGUGCCAGAUGCUGAAGCGGAGGAUCCAAAUCAGUUUGGAUAUUGGAAACGUUCUGGAAAAAUGAUAGUGGUAGAAUCCUUGCUGAAAAUAUGGCACAAGCAAGGUCACAGAGUGUUGUUUUUUACUCAGUCAAGACAGAUGAUGCAGAUACUUGAAGUCUUUGUGAGAUAUAGAAACUAUUCCUACCUCAGGAUGGAUGGCACCACAGCAGUAGCUUCCAGGCAGCCUCUUGUAACAAGAUACAAUGAGGACAAAUCCAUAUUUCUCUUUCUUCUAACAACUCGUGUUGGUGGCAUUGGAGUUAACUUGGUUGGUGCUGACCGCGUUAUUAUCUAUGAUCCUGACUGGAAUCCCAGUGUAGACACACAGGCUCGAGAACGUGCUUGGAGAAUAGGCCAAAAGAAAGAGGUGACUGUGUACAGGCUUCUCACUGCAGGUACUAUUGAGGAGAAGAUAUACCACAGACAAAUCUUCAAACAGUUUUUAACAAACAGAGUGCUGAAAGACCCUAAGCAGAAUCGCUUCUUCAAAUCCAAUGACCUUUAUGAACUAUUUACUCUGAACAGCCCAGAUGUAUCUCAGGGGACAGAAACAAGUGCAAUUUUUGCAGGUACUGGUUCAGAUGUUCAAGUCCCAAAGCCACCUGAUAAUGGCACUUCUAAACAUGAUCUCCAUCUUGCAGAAAGCAGCUCGCACAAGAAGAUAAAGUCCUCCAAUUCCUAUUCCACCACACACAUGAAAGAUUCUUCUUCUAAAGCAAUAGACACAAGUGAGGAAACCAAGGGAAAUUUGGAAGCCUCUGACCAAAAUAGCUACACAAAAGAUAAUGCACAAGCUGGUACUGAUGUAAAUUCGUUCAAUAAAAGCCAGGAGGAAUGCUUGGAAGGUGAUGACAAAUGCACGUCCCACUCGAUGCCAUGCAAUGCAGGGUCUUCAGAGAAUGCCAAGUGUGUGACUGCUGUGGUGGCUGGUGAAGGACAUGGAGCAGAUGCCAGGGCAGAUCUUACCCUUUCUUGUGGUGCAGCUGGCUCUUGGGAAAAGCAGGAGGCUAAAACGGAAGAUGGGCAAUUUGAUAAUAAUCAUUCUAAGUGUAUCUCAAAAACAAAGCACAGGGUGGAUAUGCUGUCACAUGAGAGCCACAAAGAUAAGUCUAAGAAGAAGCAUCACAAAGAUGCCAAAUUUGAAGGAAAGCGCAUUCCUCAUCUAGUGAAACAAAAGCAGUAUAGAAGGGAGAACAGUGAAGAAGAGCAAGACUCAAAGAAAAAUGAUGACUAUGUCUUGCAGAAACUUUUCAAAAAAUCAGGGGUACACAGUGUUAUGAAGCAUGAUGCCAUUAUGGAUGCUUCCAGUGCAGAUCAUGUGCUGGAGGAAGCAGAAGCAAGCAGAGUGGCCCAGGAUGCCUUGAGAGCCUUAAGACUCUCUCGUCAGCAAUGUUUAGGAGCUGCUUCUGGUGUGCCAACCUGGACAGGAACAAGUGGUCUCUCAGGUGCACCAUCAGGAGUAAAGAGUCGGUUCGGUCAAAAAAGAAACUCCAUGCUGCUUUCUUCACUUUCCACUUGUGCAUCACCUGCAAAGAAGCACAAGGAUGCAGAUACAAUAAAGAAGCAAACUAUAAAGAAGUGUAGUUCCAGUGAGCACUUUAAUGGAAAAUCUGGAGAAUCGUCAUCAAGUGCUCUGGACUCUUCAUCUUUAUUAGCUCGUAUGAGGGCAAGAAACCACCUUGUUUUACCACAGCAGACGAGGAAUGAGGGUGAUGAGAAUCAUCACCCAGCACCAGCCCCAGUCCAGGGUUCAACAGAAUACGAUGAGCUGCUCGUAGAUCUACGGAACUUCCUGGCGUUCCAGGGCCGUGUGGACGGCGAGGCCAGCACUCGGGAGCUGCUGCAGGAAUUUGAGUCCAAACUGCCUGCAGAGCACUCCUGUGUCUUCAGAGAACUGCUCCGCAAUAUCUGCACCUUCCAUAGGAGCCCAAAUGGGGAAGGGGUCUGGAGGCUAAAGCCGGAAUUCCGAUGACCCUUGACCAGCAAAGGCACCUCUGUCCACUUGACCACCAUUCUCCACUCAAAGGAGGAACAUUGUUUGACUUUUUAAAUUUUUAAGUAUUUUGUAUUUCUGAAUUAAUUAAUGCCUUGAACAGUCAGUGGUGCAGGACUUGUUGCAAGCUUAAAGCUAACUUAUUUUCUGAUUUACACUAUUUAUAUGAAAGUGCCAUCUACCUCAUAGAUGAAACAAUACAAAAUAUCAGCACCUUUUCUUUAAAAGAAAUCUUAAUAUAAAUGGGAUGAAGAACAUAUACUGACCUUGUAUUAUAAUAAGAACCAUGCAUGUUGCCAUGGGUUGUAAGACUUGAUUUCUGUGAAAUUCCAGGAAACUGCUUCCUUGAUUUCCUGUUUGUUACUUGAAUGGUCAUAGGGCACACAGUGUGCCAUCAAAAAAAAAAAAAAAAAAAAAAAAAAAAAAAAAAAAGGGUGGGCCAGGGGGGGAGAUGAUAGUAGUCAACAUGAGAGAUUCACUUGUACUGACAAGUGCAUCAGAAUAAUUUUAUGUAACUUUCAUCAGUAGUGAGAAUUUUGUUUUCGUCUUUAACUAACUUGGGAAAUAAUUCUACUGCCAUGGAGGUUUAAUCUCAAAAAAUGGAAAGUGUGGCAGGAUAUUGAGUUAACUGACAAUUGAUAGUUAUGGAAAACUUACUAAAUUCCAGAACACCCAUUAACACCAUAAUGAGCAAUCCAGUUACAGUCCUAUACACCACUGGCAAGUGCUUGCUACAGUAUUUCUUAACACUGAGGUGACAGUAACUGUUAUGUUUGUCACAGGUUUGGACUUACAACUGAAAUCUCAUUAAAUGUUUAUGUGUUUCACUGUGAUUUAUGUCCAAAACUUUCCAGUUACCUCCUAGCACUUAAAAUUUUAUACCUUAACAUAGACUGGGGUGUUAGCUGGUCAGAGGGGGAAGGGUGUCAGUGUAUUUUACUCACCAUAAUCACCUUUGGGCAUAGUUGGAGCAUAUAUGGAAGUUACACCUCAUUCAUCUUUAUAGGUAGGGAAAACUUAAAGCUUCGUGACGGUUGGGAAGUUCUAAGCAAAUCCAAGUACAACACUGAGUCUGUCUUCAAGGUAUUCGUGUGCUACACAAGGAAAUUUUAAGGUGGAAAAUGUGGACAGAUUUUGAGAAAACCAUAUGGUUGCAGCAACUGCAAUUAAAUUACUGUAUGGCUUAAACUAGGAAUAGUUAAAUGUGCCUAAUGUCCUUCCUAGCCCCAAGCUAUGGAAAGCUGAGCUACUUUUAGCUUUUUUUGUUCACUCUGAAAUUAUCUUGUUUACUUUAAGGGGAAGUACAAAUAUUCAAAGAUGAAUGGUAAAGCAAGAAUAUAAAAUUACUUUCUUUUUGUAAAAAAAAAAGGCAACUUCAAGACCCUUAUGGCUUUUACCCUUGUUUUUACUCAGUGAUAAAGGAUCUGUAGAGAUUUGCAAGGAGUGGUGCUUCACUGUUUCAGUAACUGGUCAAUUGGCUUUUCAGGGACUGGAAUUGGACAGGGCAGGCAAUCCAAGAAUGUUUGUUUUCCUAACAGCAUUUGAAGAUGGGACUUCUCCUGACAUCUCUUUCUCUGAUCCCAUUUAUAUUCACUUACAUUCCCUUUUUCAAGAGAAAGAUGAAACAAGGAACUUGGGCUGCAAUUGCUGUUGAUAUGACUUGAAAUGGAUCAGAAAAAGAGUAAAAACAAACCAGUUUUGCUGUCUUCUUCAAAGCUAUAGGGAAUUUGAAUUGGUUUGGGUGUCAUGUCCUCAUGCAUCUCUACUUAUCCCAGCAACAAACCAGGAAUUCAGCAGUCGGCAAAGCUGCUGUUGUCACCUUAUCUGUUAGUUUUGGUGUCUUGUUUUGUUUCUACUCCCAGUUUUAAAGACAUAAUUCCUGUAUACUAAGGAGAGUUUGCAGCUUCUCAAUCUGUUAAUGUAAAUAGAUUUGCAUGUACUUUUUAUAAAUCCUUGGCUUUUAUGGACUUAUUAAAAAAGGAAAAACGAAAGUGUGUUCUAGAAGUCAUUGGGCACUGGGGAGAGUGGGCAGGGAGCACCUUCUCCAUUAUCUGUGCACUGACCAAAUGAUUCAUAUUAUCUUUAAUUGUAUUUCUAUUUUUCAUACAAUUUCAAACCAUGCAUCCUAACAGCUAGCUUUUUUCCAGUACCUGUGUUUGUUGAAAAUGUUUAAGGACUGAACUAGUAUUAAUGUAAUACUCAAAAAGUAUUUGUAAGUAGUUAAUCACAAAACCAUAUGUGAUUAAAGAUUUACAGGCUGAUUUAUACGUACGUUUUUCUAGAAUAUAAUAUAGCUACUAUACAUUUUAAUGUAGAAGAGCUAUUUCAGAAUACUUCUACUUUUGUCCCAUAAAGCAUUAUCUGAUUUUUGUUUGUUUAGCUUUCUCUAUGUAAAGUGAAUUCCUUUGAUAUCUUCACAGAAUAUCUGAAGCAAUUCCUGACUAACAAUAUUGCAUAGUCAAACAAAUCCUGUAUUUUAGCUGUCUCAAUUUCCAAGUAGUUAAUGCUGUAGUUGGUAGUUGCUACUUUAUUUGUGCAUGAUUCCAAAAAUCACUCAUGUGGAGUGCUAAUGUUCUUAUAUUUUGUUUUCUUACCUCAGUAAAAAGGAGAUAAAGAAAAAUCAAAAUACAGAUGUUAAUUUAGGAAUCAAGCUGGGAAAAAACAUUAAAUCUUACUAAGGAAAGACAUGUCAGCCUGGAACAGUGAUUAUAAAGUUUAAAUUAAAACAAGCAUA